AUGACACGUCCCGAAACAGCUACGGAUCCCAAGACAGUUACCAAUGGUCAUCCCAAAACAACCCCCGAUACCGAGACGGCAUGGAAUGAGCUCAACGAGCCGUAUACCGGCCCUCUGUACACCUGGCCCUGCGGGCAUCAGAACACUAUCGAGUGGGACAACUAUCAGGAUGAGAAGGGGAGAGAUGAUGGUAGUAGGGAGGAUCAAAAGGCUGCCGCUGGUGAGGCUGGUAGUGGUGUAAGUCGUCGUCAGGGUUGGGGGUUCAACAGCACCCCUGUCACUUACCCCAAAAGGCCCCCUGCCUUCCCCGCUACCAACCACACGUUGAGGGAUUCAACGGCUAUACACCAACCGAAAACAAAGUUUAUUUCCACUUGCCAUCUGCGAUUCCAACCACCCACCAUCACGACAUCGCCGCCACCUUCGAUAUCAACCCCCAUCGCAACACCUCACCCCCCCUUCUCGAGCCAACAAUGUCCAAACCCUCCCCCCCCCCCCCCCCACCACCCCCUCCUCCUAACAAAACGCGUCACCGCCUUCCUCCGCGCCAAUUUAUCCCCCUCCAUAACAGCAGCAAUCCUCACAACACCAACCGGCUCCCUCCUCUCCCACGCCUCCUCCCUCCCCGCCUCCGCCCUAAGAAGGCAAUGCGCCGUCGCAGCCUCGAUCUGGGCCGUCCAGUCCUCUUCCUCCGCCUCCUCCCAAUCCUCCCCGCAACACACCCAUAAAACCCGAAAACACAAAUCCACCCCCUCCCUCACCGUCCAGCUCGACUCUGGCCUGGUUGCGGUAUGCUGUUUAUUUGCAUGGGUGGUCAAGGUCAAGGUCAAGGUCAAGGUCAAGGUCAAGGUCAAGGUCAAGGUCAAGGGUCAGGGUCAGGGUCAAAAUCAGGGUCAGGAGCAGCAGCAACAACAACCGGAGGAGGGGAAUGAGGAAGGGAUGGGGGGAAAAACACCAGUCGGGUCACCAUCCGCAAAUUCAGAAGUGGGAAGGGCGUCCGUCAUGAGCGGCGGGACGACAUCGGGGCAGACGGUCACGUCCCAAACAAGCGCGAGCUCGGCGGGGGUGGUGAUGAUGAGGAGGCAGGUGGAGGAACUAGCGAGGUGGUUGGACGAGAAGCUGGCGGGGUUGUGCAUACCGGAGGAGGGGAUCGGGUUGGAGAAUUUGGGGAGGGCAGGAGGGGAGCAGCUGGAGAUGAGGUAG